AAGUGCACAGCGCUUCGUCAGCGGUUUCCCUGGGAAGGGUGCCUCUGAGCAUGUGCAGGGAGUUCGCGGUGUCCCGCUCCCUCGGGCUUGGUGUGCUCAAGGCUUAUUUCCCUGCAGGGGGCAUGGAGCCGUUUGUCCCGCCGCAUCUCAUAUGCAGGUCCCCUCCUUCUUAAUUUCCUCGACCCUCCCAUUGUAGGGGGAUUUCUCGGUCCCUGACUGUCUCCUCCUCCAAAAACAAAACAAAACAAAAACACCCCUCAAUGCCCCCCCUUUUUUGCUUAUGCGACCUGUGCCCACCCCACAUUUUCUCGUGGGGUGCUCAAGGGUGACUCCAGCUAGCCACGCGCCUGAUGCUUCUCUUUGGGAAAGUCUUUGGGACUUUUGGGCCAAGUUAUUACGGAAAAGUUACGCAUUUGGAAGUUGCAAUUUCUACGUGUUCUGCUAGUGCAAUUUUUUUUAUAAGGCAAUUAAAGUUGCUGCUUAUUAUUCAUUUGUUGUGUUUCUGUCCCACCUUUUUUCUCUCCAAAUGAGACAUACGUUGUUCCUGACCCCUCAUUUAGUCCCUACAACAACUCUGCGAGCAUGUCAGGCAUAGAGAUGACACUCCUACUUAGUUUUCAGAUGUCCUGACUCUUCAUUUGCUACCAGCCAUGGGUCUGAAAGCCAAACUCCAACCACCAACAGUGGAGGUUCCUGUCAGGGUGACUGUACGCAUUCGACCUUUACUUCCCAAGGAACGACUGUAUGGGCACCAGACUUGCCUACAAGGUGACCCAGAGACUAAGGAAGUUACCCUUGGGCGCAGCCGCCAUUUCCACUUUGACACAGUCUUCACCGAAUCCUCGGACCAGGAGUCUGUGUAUGCUGCUUGUGUACAGCCGCUGGUGGAAGCUUUCUUUGAAGGUUUCAAUGUUACUGUGUUUGCCUAUGGCCAGACAGGCUCAGGGAAGACCUACACCAUUGGAGAAGCUAGUGUCUCUUCCAUCAAUGAGGAUGAGCAGGGCAUAAUCCCACGAGCCAUGGCUGAAGCCUUCAAGAUCAUGGAUGAGAAUGACUUGCUGGAUUACACGGUCCGCAUUUCUUAUCUAGAAGUGUAUAAGGAGGAGUUUCGGGACCUGCUGCAGGUGGAGACAGCUAGCAAGGACAUACAGAUCCGGGAAGAUGACAAGGGCAAUAUUGUGCUGCAUGGGGUGAAGGAGACCGAAGUGGAAGGCCUGGAUGAGGUCCUGAGCCUACUAGAAAUGGGCAACAUGGCCAAGCACACUGGGGCCACCCACAUCAACAGAAAGUCAAGCCGCUCGCACUCCAUCUUCACCGUGACCAUGGAGCAGCGCCGCAGUGCCGGGCGUCUUACUCGCCUCACCCUUCAAGAAAAGGUCUUGGUUCCAGCCUCUGGCCAGGUUCUUUCCUCCAAAUUUCACUUUGUGGAUCUGGCAGGCUCUGAGCGGGUGGUGAAGACGGGGAACACUGGGGAGCGGCUCAAGGAGAGCAUCCAGAUCAACAGCAGUCUUCUGGCUCUGGGCAACGUAAUCAGCGCAUUAGGAGACCCCCGCCGGAAAGGCAGCCACAUUCCUUACCGGGAUUCCAAAAUUACCAGGAUCCUGAAAGAUUCUCUUGGUGGGAAUGCCAAGACCGUGAUGAUUGCCUGCCUCAGCCCUUCCUCCUCUGACUUUGACGAAAGCUUGACCACGCUGAAUUACGCCAACCGUGCACAGAAUAUCAAGAACAGGGCGGUGGUGAACUGCUGCAAGGAGACGGAGCACAUGGAGCAGCUGCAGCUGCAGAUAAAGAGCCUGCAGAGGGCGCUAGAGCAGCGACACCGCUCCGAGACACGCAUCAUCAACCGUUCUGAAGCUCCCGUCAAGCGGCCUUCGCAGGAUAAUGCCACCCGCUUGCAUGCAGAAUGUAGCCGCUACAGGACCUGUACGGACGCCGCAUACCAGCUCUUCAUGGAAUUGCAAGGGGAAGGCAAUCUGACUGUGGACCAGAUCCUGCGGGUGAAGGAGUGGUUGUGUGCUGUGGAGAGCGAGAGGAGCGAGCUGAGCUCAGCCUCUGGCUUAGACAGUGGCAUUGAGAGCACUUCAGUGGAAGAUCAAAACCAUAAGGCAGCAAGUUACAAGCCAACUAAGUCUCAGAAGCAAGAAGACCACAUGGAAGGAUCUGAAGCUGUGAGAGAAGAACACAUGGCAAGGUUGGAGAGGCAGGUGGAGCGUUUAGAGGAGGAGAAUCGGGAUUUUCUAGCCGCCCUUGAGGAUGCCAUGGAACAGUACAAGCUGCAGAGUGACAAGCUGCAGGAGCAACAUGACAUCAUCUGCAAACUACAAACAUACCUGCAGACGGAGAUGCCCAGACUUGGUGUUCCUGAAUUGCUGCAGAAUGUCUUCUUGGUGCAGCUUGACCAAAGGCCUCACACAGCUCCUGUGGAUGCUGCCCAGUCUCACCACCGGCUUAGGCUAGCCCGUGAUAAGCACAGCAAGCUGUGCAGUGCCCCAACCCUCAUUGGGAAGAACUUGUUGGUGUACCGCCAAAGACUGCCUUGUGGCUUGACGAGCAGCUUGGAGGCUAGCAGUACGAUACAAACACAGGAGAUUGACAGGACUUCAGAGCAGGCAGCGGAGCCAUCUGUAGAGAAGGGAGACCGUGAACAGAUAAGGUCCCUUUACCGACGCAGAAAUGGGAUCUACAGCUGCAGCCAGGAGGAGGUUUCGGACAAGAGGAGCAGCAGACAAUGGAAUAAGAGCAAUCCAGCCCUGAUCCAGGAGGAGCCUCCAGAACCCUCUAGAGAGGACUGCAGGAGACCAGAGCUGAGCAGCCUUGGAGAAGGCUUUUCAGGGAAGGAUUCAGAGUGGCGGCUGCUUCAAGCCCACCAGAAGAUCCGUGAACUGGCAAUCAACAUCCGCAUGAAGGAAGACCUGAUUGUGGAACUCAUCAAGACAGGGAAGCAUGCGCAGACGAUGAACAAGCAGUAUUGUCAGAAAAUCCGUGACUUGGAGCAGGAAGCAGAGCUGGUUCGAGUGGAAUUAAGUGACGGCCAGAGGCAGCUUUGGGAGCUGGAGGGCAAGGAGCCCCGAAACCCCGCAGAGAAGCGGAAGCUGCAGGAAUACCGUACCAAAGUGGCAGCAGCUCAGAGCAAGGCAAAGAUCCUGCAAGAGAAGAAGCGAGCGACGGAGAAGCUGGCCUCUCUCUCUGCUCAGAACGAGAAGCGCUUGCAGGAGCUGGAGAGGAACGUGCAGCUGAUGCGGCAGCAACAGGGGCAGCUGCAGAGGCGGCUGCGGGAGGAGGUGGACCAGAAGCGGCGCCUGGAGACAGAGAUGCACAAAGGGCAGCACCGUGUCAAGGAGUUGGAGCUGCAGCAUGAGCAGCACCAGAAGAUCUUGCGCAUCAAGACCGAGGAGAUAGCAGCAUUCCAAAAGAAGCGCAGGAGUGGCAGCAAUGACUCCAUGAUCAGUUUAGAACAGCAGCAGAAAAUCGAAGAGCAGAAGAAAUGGCUGGACCUUGAGAUGGAAAAAGUCCUUGAGCAACGCCGUGCCUUGGAUGAGUUGGAAGACGAGCUGACCAAACGGGAAGCCAUAGUGGCCAAAAAGGAAGCGCUCCUUCAGGAGAAGAAUGGCCUUGAAAACAAGAGACUCCGCUCUAGCCAGGCCCUGAAUGAUGACAUCAUGCGGGUGUCCAGCCGCCUGGAGUACCUGGAAAAGGAACUGACGCAGAAGAAUGGGCAGCUUUGCCACAGCAGCACGCAUGAUCAACAACAGAUCCGGCAAGAAAUUAACAACUUGCGGCAAGAGAAGGACCAGUUGCUCAAACAAAGGCUGGAGAUAGACAACAAGCUACGCCAGGGCACCUUGCUGUCCCCAGAGGAGGAACGAAUCCUUUUCCAGCUAGAUGAAGCCAUUGAGGCUCUAGAUGCUGCCAUUGAAUACAAAAACGAGUCAAUCACUUGCCGGCAACGUGUUUUGCGGUCCUCAGCCAGUCUCCUAUCCCAAUGCGAGAUGAACCUGAUGGCCAAACUCAGCUACCUCUCAUCCUCCGAGACCCGGGCACUGCUUUGCAAGUAUUUUGAUAAGGUGGUGACUCUGCGAGAGGAUCAACACAGACAGCACAUUGCCUAUUCCGAACUGGAGAUGCAACUGGAGGAGCAGCUGCAGCUGGUAUUUUGGCUGGAAGUAGCACUGGAGCGCCAGUGCUUGGAGAUGGACCGCCAGCUCACCUUGCAGCAGAAGGAGCAUGAGCAGAACAUUCAGCUUCUGCUCCAGCAGAGCCGGGAGCACAUGGAAGAGGGGCAGGCAAACAGCAGGCUUCAGUACCAAGGAAGGAUCCAGGCAUUGGAAAAAGAAUUGGCGCAUUACAAGUGGGCCAACCACGAGCUGACUCAGAAGCUGAGCGUGAGCGAUUUGGAGGGACAAGGCAAAGGUAUGGAAAGAAUCACUUGUGCAGCAGAGGACAGACCUGGUUCGAUUAGAAUACAUGGUGACUUUAGUGCGAGUAGCAUGUUGGAUCCCGUGCAGAUAGAGCUCUCUGAAAGAACCCACAGAAGCGGUGAUGAACCCCGGGACCUGGUGCAUGCAGCUUUGCCAUCCACCUGGAGGCGGUCUUCAUUAUCCAGUGCCAACACCUUAGUACCGGAAGACUUUUGCCAGAAAGAGACAGACUUCUUAUCCAGAGGUGGCCAGAUCAAGGAAGCAUCUCUGCCACUGAGCCUAGCUCCUCUGCUGAAGUCUCACAUGGAGCUGUACAGGACUGGGCUGUCAUAUCCAGAAAUCAUUGAUGUCAGGAAAAACCCAUUCUAGGUCCCAGCUUCUCCCUGCUACUCUUGCUCAAAGCUUGAGGGCCUACAGAACAUCUAAAGUGUAUUGUUACAAGUUGCUACAAGUAGUAAUUGAUGGCUAUGCUUAACUUAAGGUGCAAAUUAGCCUUCUGCGAUACACUAGAGAGGGGUUUUUGGGAGGGCAGAAAAGCAUUAUGUCAAGACUUUUUCCUCUACAGCAGUGACUUUUGUAUUUAGCUGCAGUACCUCCCAGAGGGAAGACCACUACCUCUGGCAAAACGCCUGUCUCUGGAGAGAUAGGAAAGUCAGAAAUAUUUUCUGCUGUAGGCCUAGAGACAUGUAAAUAGUUUAACUAGCCUUUUAUACUGUAGCUUCUAAUAAACUAGAGUAACUUUUAUAAGGGCUUGAAAUACAUUGUUUCCUUCCUGUUCACAAUUUAACCAAAAGUAUUACUAUUUAUACUCCCUUCCUAGCAGUAUUCAAGUACCAUACAGCUUUGGAGGGUAGACUGAUACUAAUUUCAGUUAAUUUAUGAGCUUUAAAACCUAACAAUAAAUAUUAGUUUCCUUCGUUU